GUGUUCUGUCAGCACUGACAAUGUUGCUAACGACUGGCGGACGUGAAGCGGUGUACUAUUUAGAUAAGCAGAUGGCGGAAGUAUAUGCCAAGUUCUCGUUUGCGCUCAAGCGGAAGUGUUGGUUCGGUUACUAUGGUGACAAAGCCAUUUAGUCAAGCGAAGCCAGAAGAGGCCAGGAGUCGAGUAUUCCCCACCUGCGAGGGCAGGAGGAGCAUGGAGGAGACAGAAACAGAGGAAAUAAAGACUAAGCUAAUAGAAAAUCAACCCUACGACGAGAGCCUUGAGGUUAACGACUCUGAAGAAGUUGCAAGUGUUUACACACCAACUCCAAGAAGACCAGGGACAGCAAAGCAGAUGUCUGGCAAGGUCAGAGGCAUGGCAGAACUUGCUAUCAGUAGUGAGGAUGAAGAGAGCACAAAGAGUGGAAAAAAGAAGAAGGCAGGAAAGCUGGGAGAUGUUCGUGGUGCUCGCACACAAGGGCUUACAGAUGAUGAGGAUACAGAAGAUACUGAAGGGGAUGAUGAAGAUGAUGAUGAUGAUGACGACAACGAUGAUGAUGACGAGGAUGAUGAUGAUGAUGAUGAUGAAGAAGGACAUGCAAAUUCUAAUGAAGGUUACAACCCAGCAGACUAUGAACACCUUCCAGUGACGGCUGAAAUUAAAGAGCUGUUCCAAUAUAUUACCAGAUACACCCCACAGGUCGUAGAACUGGACUACAAGUUAAAACCAUUCAUCCCAGACUUUAUUCCAGCAGUUGGAGACAUUGAUGCCUUUUUAAAGGUCCCACGGCCAGAUGGGAAGCCAGAUAACCUUGGUCUGCUAACCCUAGAUGAACCUUCUACCAGACAAUCUGAUCCUACAGUUAUGGCCCUUUGGCUAUCAGAGAACUCCAAACAGCACAGUGUCACACAGCAUAUUAAAGUCAAAAGUUUAGAGAAUGCAGAGAGAAAUAGCAAAGCCAUUGAUGCCUGGAUUGAGAGUAUUAGUGAACUUCAUCGCUCCAAGCCUCCUGCUACUGUUCAUUAUACUCGACCUAUGCCAGACAUUGACACCUUAAUGCAGGAGUGGCCAUCAGAAUUUGAAGAGCUCCUUGGAAAGGUCAGCCUGCCGACAGCCGACAUAGAUUGUGAUCUUUCUUCAUACAUUGAUAUGAUUUGUGGUAUUCUUGAUAUUCCUGUACACAAAAGUCGGAUACAGUCUCUACAUGUGCUUUUCUCCCUCUAUUCAGCAUUUAAAAAUUCCCAGCAUUUCAAAGACUUGGCAGAGGGAAAAAAGGACAGAAGCUCUUCUGGAACCUCUAUGCCCUCCAACGGAGAAACAGAUACCACUAAUUUUAACUAAAUGCCUGACUUCCUGACAGUGUACAUCAUAUACAUAGUAUGCAGCCUGUUGUUGUUGCUGCAUACUAUGGCUGCCACAGCAGAUAUUUUCACACCCUUCCUCUCAAUCACCAAUACGCUUAUGUGAUAUAUGAAAGCAAUAUGGUCAUCACAUUAUAACUUUAAAACCUUAAAUCCUUAGAUAUUGUUAGACUUUAUCAGCAUUCUUUACAUUUUAAUUAUAUGUUGAAGAAUGCUGGGAGUCCGGCAACAUCUGGGACAGGGCUUAAAGGAGAAAGAAACUCUUUGCAUUUUAUUGCCAAUAGAUUUGGCACAGUAGUGCCAACUAGAAGGCUAUAUUUAUUUUGCAGAAAGCAUUGCUAUAAGCUUUUGUUUGUUUAAGACAGCAGCUGCCAUUUUAAGUAGCUUCCUGCUACAGCUCUAGUUGCUCAGAUCACACAUUCCUAAGGGAGGGGGGAGGGAGUUCUUAGCAUUCUUUUGGUAGGGGGAGCAGGAGAAAACUGUGCAGACUCUGGCCCCAGGAGUGAAGGAUUUUUCUGAGAGAGGAAGUCAGAUACCCCAAGAACAUGUUUACAAAAAAAGGAGACAAGAAAUCCUGUGUUUCUUUUAGGGCUGUGACAGAUGGGUAUAUUAGUCGUCAUGCAACAAAUCUCCCUUGUCGCAGGCGACUAAAUUGCCGGUGGCGUGGCGUACAUGGCGCCAAAGUUUCCCCUCAAGGCAACUUUGGCAAAUCGCCGCGCCGCGUAUGCCAUCCCACCAGCGAUUUACAUUCUAGCUGGUGGGGUGGCAUUUUGAGGAGAUUAGUCGCCUGCGACAAGGGAGAUUUGUCACAUGGCGACUAAUCUCCCCUCUGUCACACCCCUUAAAAGAGGACUCAGUGCAGCUUUUCUGUGAGUGCUUAUAGCUGUAAUUACAUAGAUCUUUCUGAUAAAGCUUACUUAGUUUUUACCUUUCCUUCUCUUUUAAGCCUUUCAUAUGUAAAUACUAAAUUAAUCUGCUUGAGAUGAUAUGAUUAAAAUCCCUCCCAUUAAAUCAUACUAACCUUCGCCUAAUCCAACUCUUCCUAGACCCUUACAAACAGAAAUUCACUCUCUACCCUCCCAUUUACUCCCUCACUGCUUCCACUAGGGUUCCAAACCAAUGGAAAAAAGACAAAAUAUCUAGAUAUAGUGUGGGCUGUGUAUCUCACUUGCAGCUUAAUAGCCAGAAACAGUGAAAGGUGAACUUAAGGGGAGAGACAGAGAGAUGGGUGAAUAAGAGAACUGAGGAGGAAACAGUGUAAAAAAUAUGUAGGGGAGAAAAAGUGGACAGUAAAAAAAAGCAAAUGAAAUAGAAAAAGGGUUAAGUAAAAAACAGGACAGCAGAAAGCAAGAGCAGAAGAGAAAGGAAAAAAGGCUAGAUGAGCACAUGAAAAGAAAUCUAAAAGUGAAAAUAGGAAUAUUUAUUUACAUUGCCUUUUUACAAUGCUUUUACCAAAGCUGAUUUUCACAACUUUACACUAGCUUAGACUUUUUAAAACGCUGCAGGAGGUUUGCGACGAUCAAAAAGGUGUAGGCACCAUUACCCUUGCGAAGACAUUACUUUUCUAACAAGGAAUCAUAAGAAUUAAUAACAUUUUCAGUAGUGGAGUAAAACUUUACUAAAACUGCACUACAAGUUAUAUUUCAGGCAAAUUAAAACAAUGUAUCCUGAUGGUCGUAUCCUUUACACUGCAUUAUUGCCUGCUCUGCUGUUUCGGGAGGACUGGGCACCAAACGUUAGUACAGCAUAUUUGCAUCUCUGUAUGUGCAAACUUAUCUUUACAUUUUGUUUUAAUAAAUUUUAGUAUCCUUUGUAAAAUAAAAUAUUUAAAAACCA